AUGUUUGCAACAUUUUUAUCAAUGUGUCAAAAGACCCGCAACAGGAUUUGUUUGUCAACUAACCGUGAGGAAUUCUUGAUAUUAAAUGAAGUGAUUAAUAAACGUGAAAAUAUGCCAAUUCGCAACAAGUCGUUCAAACGUCACCUUGAUUACUCGAAGGUUCCCAAGCUGGAUGAGGCUGAACUCGAAGAACAAUUCAUUCGUGGCAAUGGUCCUGGAGGCCAGGCAACAAACAAGACAAAUAAUGCAGUAUUGUUGAAACACAAACCAACUGGACUCGUUGUCAAAUGUCAUGAAACUAGGAGUCUAUGGGACAAUAAGAAACGCGCGCGCGAGAUUAUGAUAACAAAACUUGAUAAUUUGUUAAACAAGGAGCAUUCCAUCAAAGCUCAGAUACAAAUCCUUGAGAAAAGACAGCAAACACAAAAAGAUUACAAAAGAAAAAAGCUGGUCGAGAUGAAAAAAGCCUUUCAAGAACGUGAAGGCUUGACUUAAUCGAUUUAUUUUAUGUAAAUUUUCUCCAGGAUAUGUACAUAUAUUAAUUCUAACUUUAGAAAUAAACAAAGUAUAGUACAUAGAAGUAAAGUAAGUACAUAGAUUGUUAUUUUCAGCUUAAAAUAAAUUAAGAAUCAAAAUGUUUUUUAAAUUAUAAUCAACUUAAGAAUCAGUGGCACUUUAAAGUUGAUUAAAUUGUACUAUAAAUCAUUUUGAAAUUGCUAGCGAAAUAAAAAUCUUUUGAUUUUAGAAAUUGUAAUUAUAUCGUUAUACCAUAAUUUUUAUUAUUUGACUAAUUAGUUAAUUAUAGAUUACAAGUAGAAUAAAUUUAGAAAGAAGAAAAAUAAUCAUUUGUGUAGAGGUUAUUUAUAUAGACUAGAAAACAAUUAAAUGGAAUUAUAUAAUUAAUCUAAAGAUGAUUUUUAAUGGAAUCAUAGAGGUACAAUAAAACAAUUUUUAAUGGAAAA